AUGGAUCUCGAAGGCAAAUUGAAGAAUUUAGAUCUCGAGUUUAAUCGGGAUGGGUUGUUUCAAGAUGGGAUCAUGGAAGAGGACCUAGUUGAUGUGACACAGUUCUUCGAUGAUAGUGCAAGUAGUUUACAGACCAAGACCAUUAUCAAGGAACCCAAUUUUAAUCUUUUCGAGGGUACUCAUUCUUUGGAAGUAGAGAAUAAGAAAUUAGAUUCUACAUCUAUUCAGUUAACGCCAGCAGAAGCCAAUUUCGAGUGCAAUGCAUUAUAUGGUUCUGACGAAAAGCAUCAGCUGUCGUAUGUAGUUGGCAUUUUGGAUCGUUUGGUAAGAAGCGUUGUAUGUUGGUUAAAUGACUACCAGACUUUACCUACAACUGUUUUGAGUUGUAGAUAUGUGGAGCAUCUGUUAUUGGAAUCUGAGAAAAAAGGCCAAUUGGUCUUUCUGCAUACCGGUCAUCCACUUUUUGACCAGAUUCUAUGCUCUGGUAUCUAUGGUGUUUGCUAUUUUGCUCGUUUUGUCCAAAGAUUAUUGAAAGCUGGUGUAAUCUUUGAAGAAGAAGAUUUGAACUUUAAUGGCAUGGGUCUCAAUUUCUUGUCAUAUGUGGAAGAUGGCAACUCAAUCUUAUCACUUUUACAAGAAUCUAUUAGAAUUGCCUCACUAUGUUCAGAUUCUGAAGUUUUAAUCCAUAUUUUAAAACUUCUCAUCCAUCUGGUUUCCAUAGAAAAAUGUCUUGAUGAAUUUUCUACAGAUGUAUCACAUUUAAAUGCAUUGAUUGAAGAGGCUACAUAUCUUUCUCAGCAGCCUCAAUUAUCCAAUCUAGAAAUUCCUGCAGGGUCUUUCUCCAUCGGUAUUCAAAGGCGGCUCUCUAACCAGUUCCCGCCCAAAUCUUUGAUUAUACCACCAAGAAAUUAUGAGGGCUUUAUUGUCAUGGCUCAAGAUUUGAAAAAAGUGCUUCAAGUGGAUAAUGCAAAUACAAUGAUGGAAAUAAUGCAAUUUGCCAAUUUUUUCAAUAAGUUUGAACAAAGACACGUCUUGGCAAGAGCACUCUUCCCGUUAUUCUUAAUAAGAGAUAAUCGAACAAUUUUGGGAAGAUAUACAUUAUCAGAAUUUACUCAUGGUCAUCUCUUGGAAUUUUCACUAAUGUGUACAAUGGAAGUAGAUUUUCCACCUGAGAUUACUGAACAACCGCUCAUGGAAGCCGCCAACGUUUUGUUCGAAUGGUAUCAAAACACUAGUCAAAAUACUUCACGUUACAGACAAGGUUAUAACAGGCAGCUUUUACUUUGGGAUUCACUGCAGGCUCAAAUUGAAGCCAUGGAAGUGGAAUGGUUGUCUAAAGAUAGUGAUGCGGCCGCUAUCGAUUAUGUGGAAAUGAAGGAAGGUGAAGAACCAACACCUUUACUACCUUAUACAUCAUGGGUAUAUGCUAUGAAAGUAAGAGCUAUGAUAGAAUUUAUUCUCAAAGGGUUCGACUUACAAGUUUACAAACCUUUUGAAACCUAUACCAUGUAUUGGUACACUUACUAUUUGGCUCAUCAAUGGGAAAUAUGUCUGAAGAAAGUUCAAAAAUUCGUUGAUUCAAAGAUUAAUGCAAUUCAUGGAUUAAACAAAAAGGUUAAAAAGAGUAAAUCUGGUGAGAAAAGAGAAUUACUAAAGGCUCAAUACAGAUUUGCUAUGGAUAAUCAUAUGGGACAAUUGCAAGUCAAUAAAAGGUUCCUUCAAUAUUUAAUAGUGGAAAGUUCUAUCUUCAAAUCUUUAUCAAUUGCUCAAGUAUUUCAAUUUGGUAUAUUAACGUCAUAUGGAUUGAUUGAUAACAAAUCUCCCGCCAAGAAUAACUUUACUACAAACGAGUUGUUAUACAAUUUGAGAAUGAAACCAUUUUGCUCUAUUGGUGUACCUGAACUUUUGCCUUACGAAUUAAUGGAAUCUACAUUUAAAGAAUUUGUACCAGAUGAACCAAUGUUUACGAUUAAAUUGAACAAAGCCAUGGAAUGUUUGCAUAAGGAAUUGAAUGAAUCUAAAUUAAACGUGGAGCAUAUCCUCAAAUGCAUUCAAGGUGGUGACAACAACGGCGUCCUGGUGACGGCUACUAGAUUGGUUAAAAGUGAAGCUACGAAAUUUUAUGAAGGAGUCAAAACUUCUAUUGAGACUCUUGAAACUAACUCUAAAAAGAUCCAAUCAACAUUGGGAUCCAAACGUAGUCCAAGCCUACGUGAAAAAUAUGCAGUUCAACUGCAAUUCUGCGAAGGUGGGUCCUCUUUCUUCCCUGUGUUGAGUUUAACUUCCCAUACUUCGAAAAAAUCUCACAUAAAUCAGAAAUAG